GACGGUCGACGAUGAGGCGACGGCGGUGUAAAUGAAGACCACGUGAGGUAGCAGAACGAUGCCCAAGGGUGGGUGCUCUAAAACCCCACAGCCAGAAGACUUUCCUCUCAGCAACGACAUGGUGGAGAAACAGACGGGGAAAAAGGAUAAAGAUAAAGUUUCUCUGACCAAGACCCCAAAGCUGGAUCGGAGCGAUGGCGGGAAGGAGCUGAGAGAGCGCUCCAAGCGCAAGCUGCCCUUCACUGUGGGCACCAAUGGAGAGCAGAGGGACUCGGAUACAGACAAGCAAGGCCCUGAGCGGAAGAGGAUCAAGAAGGAGCCUGCCGCACGCAAGGCCGGUCUGCUGUUCGGCAUGGGGCUGUCUGGGAUUCGAGCUGGCUACCCCCUCUCCGAGCGCCAGCAGGUGGCCCUCCUCAUGCAGAUGACCGCUGAGGAGUCUGCAAAUAGCCCAGUAGAUACAACACCAAAGCACCCCGCCCAGUCUGCAGUGUGUCAGAAGGGGACGCCUAACUCUGCCUCCAAAACCAAAGACAAAGUGAACAAGAGGAAUGAGCGCGGGGAGACGCGGCUGCACCGAGCCGCCAUCCGGGGAGACGCCCGGCGCAUCAAGGAGCUCAUCAGCGAGGGUGCGGAUGUCAACGUCAAGGACUUCGCAGGCUGGACAGCCCUGCACGAGGCCUGUAACCGUGGCUACUACGAUGUCGCCAAGCAGCUGCUCGCAGCAGGUGCCGAGGUGAACACCAAGGGCCUGGAUGACGACACGCCACUACACGAUGCUGCCAACAACGGGCACUACAAGGUGGUGAAGUUGCUGCUGCGGUAUGGCGGGAACCCCCAGCAGAGCAACAGGAAGGGCGAGACGCCGCUGAAGGUGGCCAGCUCACCGACCAUGGUGAACCUCCUACUGGGCAAGAGCACGUACACAUCCAGUGAAGAAAGCUCCACCGAGAGCUCGGAGGAAGAAGACGCCCCAUCGUUCGCCCCGUCCAGUUCCGUGGAUGGCAAUAACACAGACUCUGAAUUUGAAAAGGGCCUAAAGCACAAGGCCAAGAACCCAGAGCCCCAGAAAACUGUGACCCCCGUCAAGGACGAGUACGAGUUUGAUGAGGACGAUGAGCAAGACAGGGUCCCUCCCGUGGACGAUAAGCACUUGUUAAAAAAGGAUUACAGGAAAGAGACUAAGUCAAACAGUUUCAUUUCUAUACCCAAAAUGGAGGUGAAAAGUUACACUAAAAACAACACGAUGGCACCAAAGAAAGCUGCGCACCGCAUCUUGUCGGACACGUCGGAUGAAGAGGAGGUGAGUGUCACCAUGGGGACAGGAGAAAAGCUGAGACUGUCGGCACACAGCCUGCUGCCCACUAGUAAAACACGGGAAUCCUCUGGCUCCAAGCAGCAGAAAGAAAAAAGUAAGGUGAAAAAGAAGCGAAAGAAAGAAACAAAAGGCAAAGAAGUGAGGUUUGGAAAACGGAACGAUAAGUUCUGCUCUUCCGAGUCCGAGAGCGAGCCCUUGGGCAGUGACGAGGAUGACGGCUCUGUGGGCAGUUCCGGCUGUGCCAAGGGGUCCCCGCUCGUGCUGAAGGACCCCUCCCUGUUCAGCUCGCUCUCUGCCUCCUCCACAUCUUCCCACGGCAGUACUGCCUCCCAGAAGCAUAACCCCAACCACACGGACCAGCACUCCCAGCACUGGAGGACAGACAAUUGGAAAACUAUUGCCUCUCCCGCGUGGUCCGAAGUCAGCUCUCUGUCUGACUCGACGAGGACGCGGCUAACCAGCGAGUCUGACUGCUCCUCUGAGGCCUCCAGCGUGGAGUCCCUGAAGCCAGUCAGGAAAAAGCGGGAGCACAGGAAGGGGAGCCUGCAGGGCGUGCUCGCCGAGAAGAAGGGUGCAUUCCAUGCCAGCGUGGAUGGCGCCAUCCCAAAGCUGGACAAGGAGGGGAAGGUCGUCAAAAAACACAAAACAAAACACAAACACAAAAACAAGGAGAAGGGCCAGUGUUCAGUCAGCCAGGAACUCAAGCUGAAAAGUUUCACUUAUGAGUACGAGGACUCCAAGCAGAAGCCUGACAAGGCCAUCCUUCUUGACAAUGAUCUUCCUGCCGAAAACAAGCUAAAGGCAUUGAAGCAUGACCGAGACCACUUCAGGAAAGAAGAGAAACUUAGCAAAAUGAGGUCGGAAGAAAAAGAGUGGCUAUUUAAAGAUGAUCUCAUAAAGGUCUCCAAAGAUGAGAAAUCCCUCAAAAGAAUCAAAGACCUGAGUAAAGACGUCACUAAGUGUUCCCGGGAAGAGAAAGACCGCGCCAACAAGCCAGAAAAGGAGAAGCUGAUGAAGGAGAAGUCUCCGAAGGAGGAGAAGCUGAGACCGUACAAAGAGGAGAGGAAGAAAAAGUCCAAAGACAGGCCCUCAAAACUAGAGAAGAGGAGUGAUUUAAAAGAGGACAGGGUGUCAAAAGAGAAGGAGAAGACUUUCAAAGAGGACAGACUCAGAAAAGACAAAGUCCACAGGGAAGAGUCUGCUUUUGACGAGUAUUGUAACAAAAGUCAGUUCCUGGAGGAUGAAGACACCAAGUUCAGCCUCUCUGAUGACCAGCAGGAACGCUGGUUUUCUGACCUGUCUGACUCGUCCUUUGACUUCAAAGGGGAGGACAGCUGGGACUCUCCAGUGCCCGACUACCGGGAGAUGAAGACUGACUCUGUGGCCAAGCUUAUCCUGGAGACGGUGAGAGAGGACUCGAAGGAAAAGAGGCGGGACAGCAAGAGCAGGGAGAAGAGAGACCACAGCGAGAGACGCAGCGACAGAGAUGCUUUCUUCAGAAAGAAAGAUCGGGACUAUCUGGAUAAAAGUGCCGAAAAGAGAAAAGACCAGACUGAAAAGCAUAAAAGCCUCCCCACCUAUCUGUCAGAGAAGGACAAGAAGAGGAGAGAGUCUGCAGACGGAGCCAAAGAGCGGAAAGACAAGGACCUGAGCGACACCUGCCGGGACAGAAAGGACUCCUUCGAGAGCACCAAGGAGAGGAAGGAGGCCAGAGCCAAGCCCGAGGAGGCCUACCGAGAGGAGCUCAAGGAGCUGAGCUGUGACGGUUUUUUCAAGGAGAAGUCUGACUCUGACUUUGUGAAGACUCUCGAGUCCUGGGAAAGGCACCACUCGGUGAAGGAAAAAGACAAGAAGGACAGCCUUGACAAGGAGAAGAAAGAGAAGCUCAAGUCGGAGAAGUACAAAGACAAGUGUGGUGACAAAGACAAGAACGAAAAGUCUACCCUCGAAAAGAGUCAGAAGGACAAGGAAUUGGAGAAAUGUUUCAAGGAGAAAAAAGAAACUAAGGAGAAACAUAAAGACAUGCAUAGCAAAGACAGAGAAAGGAAAACUUCUCUUGAUCAAGUUAAAGACAAAAAGGAAAAAAUGUACCCUGGGAUUCUCUCAGAAGACUUCUCUGAAAAGAAAGAUGACAAAAAGGGCAAGGAGAAAAGCUGGUAUAUCGCAGACAUAUUCACAGAUGAGAGUGAAGAUGACAGAGAUGAGUGUGCAGGCGGCGGGCUCGCCCUCGCUGAGGCCGGGGAGGAGGGGAAGGAGCCCCACUCCUCCGACAGGCACCGCAAGUACUCCUCCGAGAAGCAGAAAGAUAAAGACGCCAAGGACAAGAAAAAGGACAAAGGGGCCACCGAAGGGGGAAAGGACAGAAAAGAAAAAAUCUUUGAAAAGCACAAAGAGAAGAAGGAUAGAGAGUCCACAGAAAAGUACAAGGACAGGAAAGACAGGACUUCAGUGGACUCGACUCAAGAAAAGAAAAACAAACAAAAACUCCCGGAGAAGGCUGAAAAGAAGCACUCGCUGGACGACAAAGCCAAGAGCCGGCACAGAGAGAAGUCUGACAAGGAGCAUUCCAAAGAGAGGAAGUCUUCAAAAAGCAGUGAGGUGGAAAAAAGCUUACUGGAGAAGUUGGAAGAAGCCGCUCUCCACGAGUACAGAGAAGACUCCAAUGAUAAAAUCAGCGAGAUCUCGUCCGACAGCUUCACCGACCGAGGGCAGGACCCUGGGCCAGCCGCCCUGCUGGAGGUGUCCUUCACAGAGCCCCCCGAGGAGAAGGCCAGGGAGGGCUCCUGCCCACAGGAGAAGGUGAAGGACAGACACAGGCACUCCUCAACCUCGUCGAAGAAGAGCCACGACCGAGAGAGGGGCAGGAGAGAAAAGGCCGAGAGGAAGGACCGCAGCGAGGACUACAAGGAGGUAGGCGGUAGGAAGGACUCCAGCCAGUAUGAGAAGGACUUCCUGGACGGGGACCCUUAUGGCAUCUCUUACAGCACGAAAGCCGACAUAGAAGACGAAUUAGACAAAACCAUGGACUUGUUCUCUACAGAAAAGAAAGAAAAAAGCGACGCUGAAAGAGAACCUUCCAAGAAAAUAGAAAAAGAGCUCAAGCCUUAUGGGUCCAGUGCCGUCAGCCUCCUGAAGGAGAAGAAGAAGCGGGAGAGGCACAGGGAGAAGUGGAGGGACGAGAAAGAGAAGCACCGAGAGAGGCAUCCGGACGGCUUCUUGAGGCAUAAGGAGAACCCCCCAAACUCUAACUUCAAAGACAAGCCCAAGGAGGAGACCCUGAGACUCGGGGAGGCCAAGCCAAAAGAGAAGUUCAAGGAGAGCCAGGAGAAGGAGAAGGGCGACUCGGCCAAGGCCAGCAGUGGGAAUGAGAAGCUGCCGUCCUCCCGGGAGCCCGGCAGGAAGGACCACCGGCCCCGCGAGAAGCUGCUGGUGGACGGCGACCUGAUGAUGACCAGCUUCGAGAGGAUGCUCUCGCAGAAGGAUCUGGAGAUCGAGGAGCGGCACAAGCGGCACAAGGAGAGGAUGAAGCAGAUGGAGAAGAUGAGGCACCGCUCCGGGGACCCCAAGCUCAAGGACAAGGCCAAGUCGGCAGAGGACAUGCGCAAGAAGAGUCUGGAGCUCCCGACGAGAAAGCCGCCAGGGCUGGACAAGAAGCUCAAGGACCCCAUGGCGCUGGCUCCGACUCUGCCCACUGCCGACAGUAAAAUGCCCCCCGGAGCAGGCGCAGAGCCCAAGGACUGGCUGGCGGGGCCCCAGCUGAAGGAGGUCCUGCCCGCCUCUCCCAGGCCUGACCAGAGCCGGCCCACCGGGGUGCCCACCCCCACCUCGGUGGUCUCGUGCCCUAGCUACGAGGAGGUGAUGCACACCCCCCGCACCCCAUCCUGCAGCGCCGACGACUACGCAGACCUCUUCGACUGCGCCGACUCCCAGCACACCGCGCCCGUCAGCACACCUGCCAGCGCCUGCUCCCCCUCCUUUUUUGACAGGUUCUCGGCUGCCUUGAGUGGCCUUCCCGAGAACCCCAGUCAGACCCCAACUCGAACUCUGUGCACAAGCCUCUACCGCUCGGUGUCCGUGGACACGCGCAGGACCCCCGAGGAGGAGCUCAGUGUUGGAGACAAGCUCUUCCGGCAGCAGAGUGUGCCCGCCACGGCCAGCUACAGCUCACCAGGACGGCACCUGCUGGAGGACAAGGCUCCUGCUGCCCCUGAAAAGUUCCCCUGUUUGUCUCCAGGGUACUAUUCUCCGGACUACGGGGUCCCCUCGCCCAAAGGGGAGGCUCUGCACUGCACUCCCACGGCUGUGGUCAACGCCACGCCAUCCCCGGAGGGUGUCUUCUCCAGUUUACAAGCCAAGUCCUCGCCUUCCCACAGGGACGAGCGGGGGGCUCCUUCCCUUGAAGGGGCCCUGCCCCCUGACCUGGGCCUCCCUCUUGACGUCACAGAGGACCAGCAGGCCACAGCCGCCAUUAUCCCUCCCGAGCCCAGCUACCUGGAACCCACUGAUGAGGGUUCAUUCAACACCGUCAUCACUGAGGAGGAUCCGGGCGAGUGGGAGCACCCCACUGCCUCUGAGCAGCCCCUCUCCUCCACCCUUGUUGGGGGUGUCCCCGAGAACCCUGUCAGCUGGCCCCCCAUGGGGGCAGACUUGCUGCUCAAGUCCCCACAGAGAUUCCCAGAGUCCCCCAAACAUUUCUGUCCCACAGAGACCAUGCACCCUGCCGCCCCUGUGCCCUUCCUUGCCACGGAGCCACCCUAUCCAGCCUCUCCACUCUCAUACCCCUUGUCAGUCCCUGAGCCAGGGCUCAGCGAGGCCAAGGAGGACGUGGUUGAAGGGGUCCCAGUGGUGAUGCCCCCUUCAGAGGAGCCAGCCCCAUAUACCCCUCCUUCCAGGCUGCAGGCCUUAUUCCCUCAUUGCAAGGCUCUGGUGGAGGGGGCCCCCGACGCACCCCCUGAGCCAGCGGGUGUGGCUGCUGUGGCUCAGGCUGACACUCUGGGGUCCCUAGAAAAUAACUACCUGGAAAACAAUGCUGGCCUCUCUGCCCUUGGCCAGGAGGACCCAGUGCCCUGGCCAGACCCCUUCACAAACCCUGAGGACGACCUGGACCUGGGGCCGUUCUCACUGCCAGACCUUCCACUCCAGGCAAAGGACGUCUCGGAUGUGGACACAGGACCCGUGGAUGAGAGCCCCACUGCUGCCCCAGAGCAAGCGCCUGCAGCGGCCCCUGUGGUUGUAAGCGGGGACACCCUCACCACACCAGCCACUGAGGAGCCGCCGCCCCCCGACCAGGCAUCGACACAGCUCUCCUCCGAACCUGUGUCCACGGACGAGCCUAAGGUGGAGAUACCCUUGGAUGCUGCCGUGCAGGCAGGGGACGUGGCAGAAGAGAAGGCCCCUGAGGACCUGGCCCCUGGCCCCGAACCUGUACCAGCUUCCACCGAGCUCCACCCCGCAGGGAGUGGGGACGAGGAGGCAGAGGCCGCAGACCCCCCAACGGCACCCUACUCUGCCCCUGACAGCCCCACUGCCGACAGCGCAGCCCAGGGGCUCCCUUCAGAUGAGGCCAGCCUCACUGAUGGUGCCAGCCGUGCCACUGCCCAGGCUGAAGCCCCCCCAGGCAGCAUCCAACCUGAGGCCGCAGACCCAGCCCCUAAGCCGCUGGCCGAGGCCCCAAAGCCACCUCGUGUGGAGGAGAUCCCCCAGCGCAUGACCAGGAACCGGGCCCAGAUGCUGGCCAACCAGAGCAAGCAAGGCACACCACCCCCGGAGAAGGAGCUCCCGCCUGCCCCCCCAGCCACCAGAGCCAAGGGGCGUGCGCCUGAGGACGAGGACGCGCAGGCCCAGCACCCGCGCAAGCGCCGCUUCCAGCGCUCCAGCCAGCAGCUGCACCAGCAGAUGAACACGUCGACGCAGCAGACGCGGGAGGUGAUCCAGCAGACGCUGGCCGCCAUCGUGGACGCCAUCAAGCUGGACGCCAUCGAGCCCUACCACAGCGACAGGGCCAACCCCUACUUCGAGUACCUGCAGAUCCGCAAGAAGAUUGAGGAGAAGCGCAAGAUCCUGUGCUACAUCACGCCGCAGGCCCCCCAGUGCUACGCCGAGUACGUGACCUACACCGGCUCCUACCUCCUGGACGGCAAGCCCCUGAGCAAGCUCCACAUCCCCGUGAUUGCACCCCCACCAUCCCUGGCAGAGCCGCUCAAGGAGCUGUUCAAACAGCAAGAGGCCGUGCGCGGCAAGCUCCGCCUGCAGCACAGCAUCGAGCGGGAGAAACUGAUCGUCUCCUGCGAGCAGGAGAUCCUUCGGGUUCACUGCCGGGCAGCACGGACCAUCGCAAACCAGGCAGUGCCCUUCAGCGCCUGCACCAUGCUUCUGGACUCGGAGGUCUACAACAUGCCCCUAGAGAGCCAGGGGGACGAGAACAAGUCGGUGCGAGACCGGUUCAAUGCACGCCAGUUCAUCUCCUGGCUCCAGGACGUGGAUGACAAGUAUGACCGCAUGAAGACAUGCCUCCUGAUGCGGCAGCAGCAUGAAGCAGCAGCACUGAACGCCGUGCAGAGGAUGGAGUGGCAGCUUAAGGUACAGGAGCUGGACCCCGCAGGGCACAAGUCCCUGUGCGUGAACGAGGUGCCCUCCUUCUACGUGCCCAUGGUUGAUGUCAACGACGACUUUGUGCUGCUGCCAGCGUGA